AAAAGUUGAUCUUUUUGACCCUGUAUCAUGGAAUAUUGUGGGGCUUUUUAGCUUCUUUAUUGGAUUCUCUGUAUUGGGUGCUCACCUCCAUGUCCUACCAACGUUUGUCUGUCUGGGUUUUUGAGGGUUUAUGCUUUGGAGUGUGAUUUUCUUAGUCGCUGCGGCUGGACAUCUGGGAUCAUAGACCUUUGGUUGUUAAGCCUCAGCUAGAGUGAAAAGCAGCAGACAAGACUGCAUUCUAAAGUUUUAUUGGAUCAGAUGAUUCAUGAAAAAUGGGAUCAAAGUGUGCUUUUGCUUCUGUGUUGCUUCUUCAGCAACACAUUAGGAGCAUUUGUUGGAAUGGACAUAGGCACUGAUGUUUCCACCAUGCCAUCACCUUCAGAUCUGGUUAUGGUACUCAAAGCCAAUCAAAUUACUCACGUGCGCCUUUAUGACGCCGACGCACACAUGCUGAAAGCCUUUUCAAACAGUGGGAUUGAAGUAAUGGUUGGUGUCACAAAUGAAGAAGUCCUGGGAAUUGGAGAAUCCCCUGCAACAGCAGCCUCUUGGAUAAAUAAAAAUGUUGCAUCCUACAUGCCUUCAACCAAUAUUACAGCCAUUGCAGUGGGAAGUGAGGUUCUUACUUCAGUCCCUCAUCUUGCCCCAAUUCUAGUGUCUGCUAUGAAUAACCUUCACAAGGCUCUAGUUGCUUCCAAUCUAAAUUUUCAGGUUAAAGUUUCAACCCCCCAGUCCAUGGACAUCAUCCCCAGGCCAUUUCCCCCAUCUACUGCCACCUUCAACUCCUCCUGGAACUCCACAAUGUACCAGCUCCUUCAGUUUUUGAAGAACACUAACUCCUAUUAUAUGUUGAAUGCCUAUCCUUACUAUGGUUACACUAAUGGAAAUGGCAUUUUCCCACUUGAAUAUGCUCUUUUCCGACCACUUCCUUCAGUGAAACAAAUUGUAGACCCAAACACACUGUUCCACUAUGACAGCAUGUUUGAUGCGAUGGUUGAUGCUACCUAUUACUCUAUAGAUGCUUUCAAUUUUUCUGGUAUUCAGAUUGUUGUCACAGAAACUGGAUGGCCGUGGGAUGGAGGAGCUGAUGAACCUGAUGCAAGUUUGGAAAAUGCUGCUACCUUUACUAAUAACUUGAUCCGACGAGUUCUAAACAAUUCAGGUCCACCUAGUCAUCCAACCAUGCCCAUCAAUACAUACAUUUAUGAGUUGUUCAAUGAAGACAAGAGACGUGGACCUGUUUCAGAGAAAAACUGGGGUGUCUUUUUUACUAAUGGGAGUGCUGUGUAUCCUCUGAGUAGUUCUACUAGAAUUACAGGAAAUUCUACAAUCAUCUUUUGUGUGGCAAAAGAGGGUGCAGAUCAAGAUAAGUUGCUGGAUGGCUUGAACUGGGCUUGUGGGCCAGGCCAGGCUAACUGCAAUGCUAUCCAACAAGGGCAGUCAUGUUAUCUUCCAGAUACUGUCCAAAAUCAUGCUUCUUAUGCUUACAAUGAUUAUUAUCAAAAAAUGCAUAGUGUUGGUGGAACAUGUGAUUUUGAUGGAACAGCUACAACAACUGCUACUGAUCCAAGUUUUGGAUCCUGUACAUUUACGGGAAGUUCUAGUUCAAGCAGAAGCAGUGGGAUACUUUCACCUUCUUCAGCCUUUGGUCCUGUUAGUCCCACUGCAGGUGGCGCAAACCUUCCAGUUUCUGAAGUUCAGAUUCUGAUCACAGCAGCAUGUGUUGCUGCAGUCUUGCUAUAACCCGGAAGUUUAUUCAAAUUAAAACCGCCUUGGUGAAUUCAUCUGAUAGACAUGGCUGCAUUAUGGAGUAGAGAGACGUACAGCUUAGUCGGCACAAUGUAAGCAAGUCGUUAGGAAUUCAGAAUUUACAAGCUCAGUGACAACUAUGGUUGCUUUGAAGCUUUUGUGUGCCUCACUUGUUCAUCAUUUCAAUUUUUUAUCUGUUCUGGGUCUUUUUAUGCCUUUUGGAAUUUGUCUUACCGUAGCCUCAUGUCAUGCUGUAUGUGCCAGGGUUGAUUGUAGUUUGUGGAUCAUAUUUUCCAGGUAGGACUAGACUUCAUUUUUUGGGACAUGACUAAACCCAUAUUUUUGUUAAUUGGCAAUGCAAAUUACUACAAAGUAAAUGUUAGCAACACUC